AUGCUUGGGAAAGGUUCAUUGGGUACAUCUGUUUAUGUUGGUAUCAUGGAAGAUGGUGCUGAAGUGGCUGUAAAGAGGAUGUUGAAACAGGAGCCUGACGAUAUAGCUCAAAACGAGUUAGAAAUUCUGAAGCGAAUUGAUGCAAGCAAGUCACCAUUUAUUGUAAGCUAUCGAACAGUUUUAAAAGACGCUACCUUUCUGUAUAUAGUUUUAGAUCUCUGCGAAGAAACAUUGAAGGAGCACGUUUGUACUCAAAGUUUGGAAUAUCUUCAAAAUCAUGGUCCAAGAAUGAUCAACGAAAUCUUAAGCGGACUUGAAUUUCUUCACAGUCGAAACAUUUUGCACAGAGAUCUCAAACCAACAAAUGUCUUGGUCGAUAUGGAAGAUCACAUGAGAUUGGCAGACUUCGGAAUAAGUCGUAUUUUGAAUGAAGAAGAGACCACAGUUUUUACAGCUGCGAAGGGAAGCCACGGCUGGAUGCCCGCCGAAGUAAUUGAAGUAAUAAAUAAAGAAGAGAAAGGACGUUUUAAAAAGAAAUCUGAUGUUCAGGUCGCAGGUAUGAUCCCUUUCUUUAUUUCGACCAAAGGUGAACAUCCUUUUGGUCCUGUGCUUGAACGAAUGACAAACAUUUCGAAAGGAAAUCCUGUUAACUUGCACAUGCUUCACGAUCUUCAAGUUCGGAAAUUCAGUUCAUGGUUGAUCAGUUAUAACAUUGAUGAUAGACCUUAUGUUACUCAGGCGUUGGCGGAUCCCUUUAUGGUCCAUGUGGAAGAGUCCCUUGCGGAAAUUUCACGUAAGUUUUACGUAGGUGAAUAA